AUGACCCGCCUUUGGGUCCUCUUUGUUGUCCUUUUCCCCUCCUCCUUGUCCUAUCCUGAAAGCUGGCUGCCCCUUAUAAACCUCACUCACAACAUCCUACGUGAUACCAACUCUUCCCUGUUUUCCAACUGCUGGGUCUGCUUGUCCACCCAAACCCAGCGGUCCCUAGCAGUCCCAGCUCCUCUGUCCAUUUGGACAGACACACCCAUGAAGCUUCACCUUACCUACUCAGUCAAGCCGUUCCCUGGCUCCUUUCCCAUUAGCGACAUUGAAAGACGCCUCCGGCUCUUCCACCCACUGACUGCCUCCUAUUCUUUCCACAAUCCUGACAGAAGGGCGAUUGCUUUUCUUCAACUCGUCAGCUCAACGGGCAUAUUUCGGAUCAUCACUCGGAUAACUUCUGUGAUAUAUCCUGAUAAGGACCGUUUCUUCGAAUCUGCCCAACGCCCUCUCUGGGGACCACUCUUUACUGAGACCGUGCUCAGGUCACAGGCCCCACUCUGCAUAUCCCGCUUCUUCAAGGUCUCAGCGUAUGCCACUUUUGUGGGCAACCUCUCUGCUUCUCUCUGCAACUACACCCUUCGUAUUUCACCUUCUACCAGUCAUGAAAACCUAGAUCUUUCCACCACCCAUUUAUUUAAACAGGCAAUGAAAAGACCCGACGCCAAAUGGAAAAACCCACUCCGUUUUUCCGGGCCCCCAUCCCUAAUCUUCUCGAAGCCCUCUUACUAUCCCUGCCCAACAGACAUGAAAUACUGCCAUACCUCCCCAGCCACUCCCUGGAUGCGCUGUCCUCACGCUCCCUCCGGAACCUGCUAUAACCUUACCUUAUUUGAAUCAGACAACUUAACCCACCCCAUUACCAUGUCAGUGGACCCUACCCACUUCAAGGUCAAACUCCAGGGGCACAGAGACCCCUAUCCGCUCUCCCAUUACCAGCCCCUAGCGGGAGCUGCCCUGUCUGGACAAUAUUCAGUCUGGGAGAAUGAGAUCACUAUCCAAGAAAACUGGGAUGUCACCUCCAACAUUUUCUCACAUCUUCUCAGCUUCUCGUAUGCAUUCUGCCUCAACUCUUCAGGAGUUUUCUUCCUCUGCGGAACAUCCACUUAUGUCUGCCUCCCAGCCAAUUGGUCUGGCGUCUGUACCCUUGUCUUCCAAUACCCGGAUAUUGAACUCCUCCCCAAUAACCAAACGGUGCCUGUCCCCCUUUUUGCUUCAGUUCUUUCGUCGGCCUCAGCUCUUCGCCCAAAGAGGUCCCCUCAUCUACUCCCCUUCCUUGCAGGCCUGGGGAUCUCUUCUGCCCUUGGCACGGGCAUAGCUGGCUUGGCCACCUCAACUUUCUAUUUCCAACGGCUUUCUAAGGCUCUCUCAGAAACCCUGGAAGAAAUAGCUUCCUCUAUCACUACCCUCCAGAACCAAAUAGACUCGCUCGCGGGUGUUGUUCUCCAAAACCGCAGAGCUCUGGACCUCAUCACCGCCGAGAAAGGGGGGACCUGUCUCUUCCUCCAGGAAGAGUGCUGCUUCUAUGUAAACCAGUCUGGAAUAGUCCGAGACGCGGCAAGGAAACUCCGAGAACGAGCAUCUGAACUUGGCCAGCAUUCUGACUCUUGGGGACAGUGGCCCGACCCUGGACGCUGGCUGCCCUGGCUGACUCCCUUUCUGGGACCUCUUCUCUUCAUUUUCUUCCUACUGACAUUUGGGUCUUGUCUUCUGAACUGCCUAACCCGUUUUGUGUCCCAGAGACUUGGUUCCUUUGUCCAGGACACUGCCAAAAAGCAUGUGGACAGCAUCCUUCAAAAUUCCCAAUAUAAAAAACUGCCCCAAGACUCCCCAGAUGAGGACACCAUUCCCGUGUAACAGGAAGAAG